CGCACUUUUCGAAAUGGCGAACUUGCAAGAAUUGAAGACGGUGGUCAAGGAAACACUGGAAAAGCGUGGUGUACUUGGUCAAAUCAAGGCCAGGGUCAGGGCGGAGGUAUUCAAUGCACUUGAUGAUCAGGCAGAUCCUAGACCUCCUCUCAGUAAUGAAAACAUGAUCAUCAAUGAGUUAAUAAGAGAAUAUCUUGAAUAUAAUAAGUACAAGUACACUGCAUCAGUGAUGCUUGCAGAAACCGGGCAGCCAAAAACACCUUUGAACAGAGAGUUCCUAGCUGAGCAAUUGAAUGUUGUAGAAGAUAAAACAGCAUCCUCUUUGAAAUUACCUCUUCUGUAUAGUAUCAUUGCUCAGUUCACCCCAGGAAGUAGACAUCAAGUAGACAAACCUGCACACCAAGAACAACAUGGUAGGGGAAGGAUGGGACUGCUGGAACAGCUAGAUAGAGAUCGUAUUGGUCACAGUCAUGAUGGACUAGCGCAAGACCCACUUAUAAUGAGAGGUGGCUACCGAUGAAAUACUCAAGUGUAGUCUAGAAAGAAAUCAAAUACCCAUAGACAAUGUGUUAAACUGUAAUGGAAAGUAAAUUGAAGAGAAGCCAAAGAAAGUUUCAAGUGCGGUAUCAUUUAAAAUCAUCUGGAUUUGGUGAUA